AUGGAAAAAAGUAACGGUUCGACAAAACUAAAAGCAACAUACUAUACAAGAGCGCAAGCAGCAAAUAAAAACAUAAAAACACCAACAAAAAGCGAAAAAAAUGAAACUGAAGCACAAAUAGAAGUAUUAAACAAUAAAGAACAAAAAAUCAGUGAGAGUUGUGCAAUAGGAAAAGAGAUCAGUAUUGAUGUUUAUAGAAAGAAGGAGAAAAGUUUAAAUCUAAGAAGUGAUAACGGAACAAAAGUUGAAAAAGAAGUUGAAAAUUUCUGCAGUGUAAAACAAAGUAAAGAAACUGUAAGCAGAAAAGAAGAUUGCAAUAAAAGUAAAGAAGUUGAAAAUAGAAACAAAGAAGUUGAAAUUAAAGAAGUUGAAAAAAGAAACAAAGAAGUAGAAAUUAAAAACAAUCAAGUCGAAAAUAAAGAAGUUGUGAAUAAAUGUAAAGAAAUUGAAGAUAAGAAAACAGAAUUUAAGAACAAAGCUGAGAAUAAAAUUAAAGAAGUUGAAAAUAAAGAGAAGCUGAGAAUAAAAUUAAAGAAGUUGAAAAUAAAGAGACAGAAAACAAACAAGUUACAAAUAAAGAAGCUGAAAAUAAAAACAAUAAAAACAUCGAAACCAACAGAACUAAACUAA